ACGCUGUACGCGCUGCUGCAGGCUGCGCUGCUGUUCGUCAACGCCAUGGCCGUGCUGCACGAGGAGCGCUUCCUCCGCAACGUUGGCUGGGGAACAGAUCAGGGGAUUGGAGGAUUCGGAGAAGAGCCAGGAAUUAAAGCACAGUUGAUGAACCUUAUUCGAUCUGUACGAACAGUUAUGAGAGUGCCAUUAAUAGCAGUGAACUCCAUCACAAUUGUAUUGCUCUUACUAUUUGGCUGAAGAUGAUUGGUUGAAAACAAACCCUUUGGACAUCCAAAGCGGAGAGACCGCCUCCCACGACUGCUUCAGGAUAAUUGGGAUCCACCACGGUUUAGCUGUCAAACUUGGCAUUCAACUUAAUAAAGACACUCUUUGUAUUUAUCUUCUUUCUAAAUGUUCCCUCACAGUUUCAUUACACAAGAUAACGGGAUCAAUGCAAUAGUGCUGUAAAUACAUUGGACUGCAACAAGUUUUACCACUGACUGUUAAUAGCGCCAACUGUUACAGUAUGUGUUGUAACAUAUUGUAAUGAUUGUUAAAAGGGUGCAGUUUUUUUUAAAUAUCUUGUUACUCAGGGGUGAAUGCACUCCCAGUACACAUUAGGAUUUUAGACAUAAGCGAAUUGUAAUGUUUUUGUUCUCUUAGUAGUUACCACAGUAUUAUUAAAUAGACACUUCAUUUGGUUCUUAAGAUGUAUUGCAAAUUAUUGAUGAGACAUUUGUUUGGGGAGAGUAAAUCCACAUGGGUAAGAUCCUGGCUCAGUUGAAGUCAAAGGUAAAAAUUCUUCUGACUUCACUGGGGCCAGGAUAUUGUUUGGUAGCAUUUGGUGUUUUCUCAGACCAAUGACAUUUAAAGCUAACAGCAAAGUAUUUUAAAAUAACUGUAAUAGCUAUGUAAAAGCUACAACGGCUGUUCUAUGGUGAGGAAACCUAGUUAUUGAGUGUUAAAAUAUAGAUUAGGAAGUGAAGUGCCGGUCAUUGUUCUGUCAAGACUUUUUCCUUGCUAAACAUCUUUGUAACAAGGUAGUAUGUUUGAAAUGCUGAACUGUUUGUAUUCUAAGCUGUUUUGAGUAAUAUUGGAGGAAAAUACUGCACCCUUUUUUCAAAUGCAAUUUAGUUUAAAAAAAACAUGCAAAACUAGCAAUGAAUCUUCAGACUCGAUUGAAUCCUUCCUUAUCGCUCCUUUCCGCUAAAUAACUGUCUUAUUCAAAGUGAAACUGUGGUUUAAAACUCUCUGUCCUUUGUCAGGCAAAAGUGCUAUUAUUUUGAUAACGGUUUUCCUUGAAUCAAGACAGCAGGAUGAUGUCCAGUGUUACAUAGUGAGUUUGACUUUGAAGCCUGAUCCGUGCAUAGCUAGGCCUCUGUUGUUCCUCUUUGCUAGUGUGACCCAAAUUCUUUUUGCCUAUUUUUAAAGCCAGGAGGAAAAGAGGAAAACUAGCGAAACCUUGUAGUUGAUAUGGUUUUAGAACAGUUUGCCUUUACUUUAUCAUCUCCUUUUGAUGUCACUGACUCAAGCUAAAAUAUUUUUUAUAUGAGGGUAAACCUGUAAAACAUAAGUUCUGUGAUGCUCACCUGCAGUAUUUUACAGAAGCAGAGUUUACCCAGGAGAACUCUUUUUGUUUUUUAGGGAAUGUUUGUAAAUAAAUUUGUAUUUCUUAAGUUAA